AUGCAGUCUAGUCACCAAAAUCAAGACUUUGAGAGUGGGAAGUUACCUUCAGAACACUUCGAACUCGUUGAAAGCACUGAUAUCACCUCUGAGAUGAUUGAAUUUGCCAAAUCUAGAAUCAUCAGAGAUGAUAUGGCUAACAAUCAGAUUACUCGGGAAGACUCUGAGUGUUUUAAAGUUAUCCCAGAAGAAUACCUCAGAGUCAAGCUCAGCAAGGGAUAUCUUGAGUAUAUCGACAAUGAUCCUGAAGGACUUCUCAAUGACGGAAUCCCGAUGGUUUUCAUCCAUGGAUAUUUCGGCAAUGCUUUCGAGUUCAAGCCCUACCUUGAUUAUUUCUCUGGCAAAAUCAGGUGUAUUUCUUUGUCGAUUUUUGGGCUUGAGAAGCAUUUUCCACACCCAGAAGAUAUCAAUGAGGUGACACCCAAGAACUUUGUGGAAAUGAUUGUGGAGUUCACGACUGAAGUGCUUGGUUUCAACAGAAUUAUCCUUGCAGGCCAUUCUCUAGGAGGAGGAUUCUCUAGUAUAGUUUCAAAUCUUCACCCAGAACUAGUAGCAGGUGUCUGAGUUCUUGGAACUUGAAAGUUCUCUCUCAGCAUUGGAAUAAUGGCUUUUAUAAGAGGAGGCAUUGGAGCGAUGUACCAAUAUUGUGAUGAAGACUGGAGUAAUUUGCCUGAUAUCAAUGAUCCUGAAGUUCAAAAGGAAUUUGCAAAAUUUGCUAUAGAAGAUAGCAAAGAUUUUCAUAUGUCGCAAGCAACUUCAAAAAGUGGCAAAGAAAUCAAGUUUUCUUAUACCCCUCUCAAAAAUCCAUAUGAAUCCAUGGCUGGCUUUUGCUAUGGUAGAGAUAUGAUUAGAACAUUAUUUGAAUCUGAACCGAGUGAAGUACUCACAAUGUUCGCAUGGGGAGAAAAAGACUUUAUCACUGAUCCAGAAACAAUGUACAGAGAUAUGCAUAAUUUCUGAGUCGGAAAGAGAAAACUAAAAUCAAACUCUGAAUUCCUCCAGCCCCUCUCCAAUGUUGACUACUUCGUCGCCACCACAGCCUUCAAAACCAGAAUAUUCGGAUCUCAAGUCAACUACAAUUCUAGAUUGGCCCAGGUGCUCUCUGACUCUGAGUACCUGGUGUCAGCUCAGGCACAUCACUGCUACGGCUUCUCAACAGAGCGCCACAACAUGCACACAAAGAGAUGGAAAUACCUGACAGUGGCUCUAGAAGAGUACUACAAAGACAUAUGCAUGGUGGAGCAACUAAAGGGUCCUUACAAAGCCAAACUUUAG